GAUGUAAUGUGGAGGCAGGAGUGUGUAUUCAUUCCAGCUGCCAGACAAGCCAGCACGUCUCUAGGUCAAGCCACGAGGUACUAGGAGCAGACCAGACAUCAGGAUAAAAUAGACCAGGAAAGUUAAUAUUCUAUAAUCCACCAUGGGGAAGUCAGCAUCGAAGCAGUUUGCUGAAGAAGUUUUAAGAACCCACAAUGAAUACAGAAGGAAACACAGAGCUCCGGGCCUGAAGCUCAGCAGUAAACUCAACAGAGAGGCACAACAGUAUGCAGAUGCCUUGGCCAGCACCAGGAUUCUGAAACACAGUGCCGAAUCCAGCAGGGGGCAAUGUGGAGAGAACCUCGCCUGGGCUUCCUACGAUGAGCCAGGGAAAGAAGUAGCUGAGAGAUGGUACAAUGAAAUUAAAAAUUACAAUUUUAAUUGCCCCGGAUUUUCCUCUGGUACAGGACACUUUACUGCCAUGGUGUGGAAAAACACCAAGAAGAUGGGCGUGGGGAAAGCAAAGGCCACUGACGGUUCCACGUUUGUAGUGGCGAGGUACUUCCCAGCCGGAAACAUUGUCAACCAGGGACAUUUUGAGGAGAACGUGCUGCCACCAAAGAAAUAACCAACAAGGGUGGAGUUCAAGGGAUGAGAGAGGGAUAAGAAAUGGAGAUUUUAAUGGAGGCGUCUUCAGGUUUAACCACUUGUUUUGUGACAUGUAUGUUCCCAGGGGAACUGCCAUUGUACUGAGAUAUAUAUUAUUAAUCCAGCUAUGCAAAAAAACACAACGGGAAAUUCUUGUCCUACAGGACUUCAUAAUGACAGCAGGCACUGGAUCUUGAAACAGAGAGGUUGUGCUGUUGUUGCCUGUUCACAAAGCUAAGGCUGAGAUGGCAUCUUGAAAAAUGAAACUCCAGGCCCUCUUUAGGAAAAGUGGUGAAAGAUUUAAUCAAUGCGAAAGCUUAUUUAACAAGAUUUUAAAUAGUGUUUUGUGAAUAGGGCCCACUGUGAGAAACGUAUUUUUAGAGUAAUUCAUAAAACAGUGUUCCUUGUUGAAGGAAAGGGAAGGCUUUGAUUUUAUGGGGUCUUUAUUUUUUUUAAAUUUGUGAAAAAUCUUUGAUAGUGUCCUUUCCCUUUUAAGAGAAACCAUUUGGAAUUGUACGGGUGGAGAUUUUUAAAAUCCAUAAUCAUAUGAAAAGACUUGUAAUACUAUUUUAUGUUUACAUCCAGCUGUAAUCCAGUAAUUUGCACCCCCUUUGUAUUGUCACAAACACUGCCGGCCUUUUCUUUUUAAUGGUAAACAACAUUACAAAAAAUUACUAUAUAUAUUUUUUUUUAAAUGGACAAGUAAGACUUUGCCUUAAACUGUAGUAGUUUGAGUACUAGCAUAUCAUUCUGGUUUCAUUUCCCCGUUCCUGCAUGUCCUAAUUGAUUGAAGACCCUUGUGUUUCCUGUUUCCAAGGCAACCGGUUACUAAUAUAGACAGGAAGUCUGGGCACUAGGGGCCAGGAUUUACAUCACAGUUUAUUUACCUGGAGACAUAAUACUGUAGAUGAAAUGUAUGUGUAGAACAGACAGGGUUGAGUGGAAAAGCAAGCCAAUAGGUUGUAAAAUUACACACACACACAAAAAAAAGUUUUUUUGUUUUCUAUGCCCUUUAAGAAAAAAUUGGGCCACAUUCUGAGUUAUUUACUCCAAAUUGUCAUUCUCACAAUUUUUUUUUUUUUCUGAAAAAUCUAUCUGAGCCUGUUAACAGAACCAUAAUUUAAAUGUCUGAGUAGUUUUUUUUCUGCAUUGUUAACUUUUAUUAGGCGCAGUUUUCUUUUAAAAAAUAAAUAAAUAAAAAUGACAGCCCUUAAAUUUUUUUACAAUUCUAAUAUGAAUAAUAAUAAUAAUAAAAAUACUGAACACUACUUACGAAUCCCUAAAUUAAAUGUCUGAGUGGUUUACUUCUUUUUUGGUAACUGCAUUGUGCACACGUUUCCAUUCUGAAAAAAAAUGAUGCAAUGACGAUUUGGAGUCAAUACCUUUGAGAAUCUAUCCCAUUGUCUGUUAAAAAACAACCACUAUGUACAGGGAAGGGGUGGGGGG